CAAAAAGGGACCAAGUUUCCAGAGCCCUGAAGACAAGGGGUAACACACCAAAAUAUGGACUCAUUUUUCAUUCCACUUUCAUUGGCUGAGCAGCUGCAAAGAACAAAGGCCAUAUCUCCCGAUACCUAGCAAACAAAUACAGUAUUGCCUCAAGAAUUGAUUGCUUCUCUGAGGUCCCCACAAGUGUAUUUGGGGAGAAACUCCGGGAACAAGUUGAAGAGCAGCUUUCUUUCUAUGAGACUGGAGAGAUUCCACGGAAGAACCUGGAUGUCAUGAAAGAAGCUGUGGUACAGGCAGAGGAAGCGGCUGCUGAAAUAACCAGAAAGCUGGAAAAACAGGAGAAGAAACGCUUGAAGAAGGAAAAGAAGCGACUGGCUGCACUGGCCCUGACCUUUUCAGAAAACAGUAGUACUCCGGAAGAGUGUGAGGAGGUAAAUGAAAAACCUAAGAAGAAAAAGCUAAAACCCCAGGAAACCCUACAGGAAAAUGGAAUGGAAGACCCACCUGUCUCUUUGCCUAAAACCAAGAAAAAGAAAGCUUUUCCCAAGGAGGAGUUGGCCAGUGAUCUUGAAGAGAUGGCUACUAGCAGCAUAAGUGUUCCUAAGAAAAAGAAGUCCUUACCUAAAGAGGAAGUGGCCAGUGAACCCGAAGAGGCAGCGAGCCCCAUCACCCCUAAGAAAAAAAGGAAAUUUUCUGAGGAGCCUGAGGCUGCUGCAAGCUGCACAAAGAGCAGCACAAAGAAAAAGAAAAAGUCGCAGAAGGCCCGGGAGGAGGAUUAGAAUGGACCUGCUUGGUGGGAGGGGCAUACUUUAUGGUGGCAGUUCCUCCUGCACAUGAUAAACCCCAAUAAAAACGCAAAACCAGAAAAAAAAAAAAAAAAGAAA